AAUUUCGACAACAAGCAGACGAUAUUCAAAAUCUGUCAAUGACACGUGAUUGCGUUAUUGGUUCUAGAAGUUUACAGUUCUUUAGCUUUUUUAAAAAACUUUUCUUCCAAUGAGUACUGAGGCAACCAAUAAACCAGUUUUUAGGGAUUUGCAGGCCGAUGAUGCUGAUCCCGAAAUCACGGAAAUAAGUUCACUGUGCUUCAAUUGCGGCGAAGAUGGCAUGACUAGGUUGCUGCUGACAAAAAUUCCUUUCUAUAAAGAGAUCAUAUUGAUGUCAUUUGAAUGUGGUCAUUGCGGGCUUAAAAACAAUGAAGUGCAGUCGGGUGACAAGAUUCAAGAAAAAGGAGCACUAAUCCAGGUUUCUGUCACCUCCACAAAAGAUCUCAACAGGCAGGUUAUCAAAUCUGAUUAUGCCACUGUUAAGAUUCCCGAGAUUGAGUUUGAAAUCCCACCCCAAUCCAAAAGAGGAGAAAUAACUACCAUUGAAGGUAUCUUAAGCAAAUGCAUUGCAGGCUUAGAGCAAGACCAACCAGCAAGGAGAGCCCUAGAUCCUGAUUCAGCUGAAAAAAUUGACACCUUUAUACAAGUGUUGAAAGAUACAAAAAGAUGUGAAAAACCUUUCACAAUUGUUAUAGAUGACCCUUCUGGAAAUAGCUAUGUUGAAAAUUUGAAUGCCCCUCUUGUUGACCCUGCACUGACAACAACUCAUUACGAGCGAAACAAGGAACAAAACCACCUCGUCGGCAUCUACGAAGAAGAAUUAAAAGAAAUCAAGGAAGAAGAAGAGGAAGAAACCCAAGCCGAAGAUGAUGCAUCUCAUGAUACUUUGGCAGACGAAGUGUUACAUUUUGGUACCAACUGCCCGUCAUGCAACGCGCCAUGCGAGACAAAUAUGAAACUCACAAGCAUACCUUAUUUCAAGGAGGUCAUUAUCAUGGCGACCAACUGCGAUGCUUGCGGUCACCGAACCAAUGAGGUGAAAUCAGGUUCUGGCAUCAACGAGAAAGGUGUGAAAAUUACGUUGCGCAUCACGGAUCUGAUUGAUCUGUCGCGUGACGUGCUCAAAUCGGAAACUUGCUCCCUGUCCAUCCCCGAACUAGACUUUGAAGUCGGUGCGGGAACUUUAGGCGGAAAGUUCACUACACUAGAAGGUUUGUUGGUUGCCAUGAAGGACCAACUAAGCGGACAGAACCCACUGAUGUGCGGCGACAGCGCCACGUCAACCUUGAAGGAACAAAUGAAACAUUUCAACCUAAAAUUGGACGAUAUCAUUAGUGGCAAAUCGUUGGGAAGUCGUAUUAUUCUGGACGACCCAGCCGGUAACAGCUACUUGCAGAAUGUAUACGCUCCAGAAGAUGAUCCAGAAAUGGAGAUCGUCUAUUAUGAGCGAACUUUCGAAGACAACGAAGAACUCGGUUUGAACGACAUGAAAUUGGAAAACUACAGUGAAAAUGAAUAAAAUAUUGUAACUCGAUGACAUUUGUUGUGGUGGUUUUUUGUGAAUAUAUAUGGCUCAUAUUUCCAAAGAGA